AUGCAGAGAAGAUGGUUGAAUUUGCAUGAGUAUCAGAGUAAAGGGUUGAUGGAGGAGCAUGGUAUCAAUGUGCAAAAGUUCAUUGUGGUGGAUAAAGCUGAGGGAGCGGAUGAGCAUGCGCGGUCCUUGGAUGCGAAAGAACUUGUCGUCAAGGCACAGAUUCAUGCUGGUGGCAGAGGAAAAGGCCAUUUUCCGAAAAGUGGGCUCGAAUCCGGCGUACACCUGACAAAAGACUACUCCUCCCUCCCCGGCCUCAUAUCACAGAUGAUCGGCUACGAACUCGUCACGAAGCAGACUCCCCCAUCUGGAGUGUCCGUACAGAAAGUCAUGAUUGCCGAAGCGCUGGAUAUCGCACGGGAAACGUACAUUUGUAUUAUUCUCGAUCCAACGACGCAGCGACCAGUGAUUAUCGGGAGCCCGAUAGGUGGGAUGGAUAUUGAGGGUGUUGCGGAGGAACAUCCAGAGCAGAUGUUUAGAGAGGUGGUGAAUGAUAUCCAGAAUGGACCAAGUCCGGAUCAGUGUGAGCGGUUAGCCAGGAAUCUUGGGUUCAAAGAAGAUUUGUUGGAUGACGCUGCUUCCGAGAUCGCGAGUCUAUGGACGCUGUUUCAUUCGAUUGAUGCGACACAGUUGGAGAUUAACCCGUUCGGAGAGACGCCCGACGGAAGGAUCGUUGCGUUCGAUGCGAAGAUCGUGUUUGAUGACUCCGCCGCGUUUCGACAAAAACGGAUAUUCGCGAUGGGAGAGGAAGACGCAGAGGAAGACCCACGAGAAACGAAAGCAAAGAAGGUUGGGCUGAAUUAUAUUGGGAUGGAUGGGAAUAUCGGGUGUCUCGUGAACGGCGCUGGGUUGGCCAUGGCAACGAUGGACAUCAUCCAACUCCACGGCGGCAAACCCGCAAACUUCCUCGACGUAGGCGGCUCAGCAACGGUCCAACAAGUAACCGAAGCAUUCCGAAUCAUCUCCUCCGACCCACAAGUCAAAUGUAUCUUUGUUAAUAUAUUUGGUGGGAUUAUGAGGUGUGAUACGAUUGCUGAGGCGGUUGUGAGUGCGCAGAAGGUGUUGAAGUUGGAUACGCCGAUUGUUGUUAGGUUACAGGGUACGAAGGUUGAUGAGGCGAGGAAGAUUAUUGAGGAUGCAGAGGGGGUUGCGGGGAGGCUGUUGAUUGAGGAUGAUUUGGAUGAGGCGGCUAUGUUGGCAGUGAAGGAGGGUCAGAAGAUUGAGGCGUAG